UGUUUUAUUUAAGUGUUCACUUUCCUUUGCUUAUCAGUGUUGGUAUUUUGGACAAGUCUUAAUGGCCUUAAUGUGGGUUAGCUACAUUUUCAUGGUUCAUACAUGUUGACAAUUGCUCUUGUUCAUACAUGAGUAGGUUCAAUUGGGACAUACAUGGCCAGUUCAGGCCUCUGUGUGCAAGUUGCAACAGACUUAUUACAUUUGCCUCAUUGAUAUAUUUCCUUUUAGCUAUGGCAUUGGGAUAUUUGUAUUUGUUUCCAGUCAUACAGACUUCUGGGAUUCUUGAGUCUAUUGAGUCUAAUGGCACAUGUAAUGUCUUUGAAGGAAGUUGGAUCUAUGAUGAAAGUUACCCUUUAUACAAUGCCUCAAACUGUCCAUUUGCGGAACCCGGGUGGAAUUGCUGGGCUAAUGGGCGGAAAGAUGGAGAUUAUGCAAAAUGGAGGUGGAAGCCUAAGGGUUGUGAUCUUCCAAGGUUCAAUGCACGUGCAUUCCUUGAAAAGUUUUGUGGAAAAAGAGUGGUUUUUGUGGGUGAUUCAUUGGGUAGAGCACAGUGGGAGUCUUUUAUAUGCCUGCUUAUGGCAGGGGUGGAGGAUAAGAAGAGUGUAUUUGAAGUCAGUGGGCAUAAGAUCACUAAAACGAUUAGGUUUUUGGGUGUACGCUUCAGUUCCUUUAAUCUUAGUAUUGACUUUUAUCGAUCAGUUUUUCUGGUGCAGCAUGGUCCUUCGCCCAGGAACGCACCAAAGUGGGUCAAGAGAACGCUUAGAGUAGACAUGAUGGAUGAUAUUAGCAAAGAAUGGAUUGAUUCUGAUAUUCUCAUGUUUAACUCAGGCGGCUGGUGGACAAACGAUAGGCUAUUUCAUAAAAUGGGCUGCUAUUUUCAGGUAGGUAAUUCUUUGGAGAUGGGAAUGCCGGUCACUGCUGGGUACAGAAGAGCAUUACACACUUGGGCAUCUUGGGCAGAGACUAUGAUCAACACAACUAGGACAAGAGUAUUCUUCAAGACUUUUGAAGCAAACCAUUGGAGUGGUAAAAACUGGAAUACUUGCGAAGUGACUGCUCGACCUUCAUCAGACACGAAUGGCAGAGAGAAAAACGAGCUCUCAGACAUCAUAGUGGAAGUUGUGAAGAAAAUGAGAAUUCCUGUGACACUUCUGCAUGUUAGGAAGAUGUCUGCAUUCCGUGGCGAUGGACAUGUGGGAAGGUGGAGUGACAAUCCAUCCAAGCCUGAUUGCAGCCAUUGGUGUCUGCCGGGUGUACCAGAAACAUGGAAUGAACUUCUCUUCUCAUUUCUGCUGCCCCUAUAUUAAUCCGGCUUCGCUGCCAUUACUGCAUUUAUAUACUUGCCUAUAUUACCAUUACCAAUAAUAUAAUCAUGA